GAGGUAAGGGACGUAAGCGCGGGAAAGACGUGCUUGCGCCCAAGUGACAUGCUCACGCCCGAGACCUGCGCCUGCGCAAAUCCGCAAGUCCACGCCCCGCGGCCCUGAGCGCGUCUGCCAGGCUCAGGAGGCGGGGGUGGGGUAGCCGCUUGUCGAAGUGUGGCCCACAGGCGCUGCUUCCGCUCUGCCCGCGGGCUCCGCUGGGCGCCGCUCACAGCCGCCGCCUCCCACGUCGGGUGCGGCGGUGUCUUCAGGCUCCGUAAGCGGCGCGGCUGGUCGGCCGGCCCUUUUAAGUCCUAACGUUUAAUAUUGUCCGUACUGUUGUCAUGGCCGUUACGUUUUUGCAGUUCAUCUGACGAUCAGCUUCUCCUUGCAAGGGCCUCCUGACCUAGCAGCCAAGACUGCCCCAGACCUCCUACCAUGUACCACAACCCUCUCAUCUACUGCACCUGCUGGGACCCCUGGAACUUGGAACCACGGAAGCUAAUCAAGACCCCUCAGCCACCAAAAAAGACCUCCACAGGGAAGCCCAAGCUAACUCUUCUUCCUCCAGCUUCAAAAAAACAAAAUUAUGUCCAACCACCAACAAAACCUGUUGUCUCCCCAAAAGUGAAAACCUACUUAGGAAAACAAGAAGAGAGCAAUAAUUUACCUUCUGAAGUGAUCAACGUGUGCCCUGGCUAUCGCCUCUUUCGGAAUAGGGAGCAGAUUUCCGUCACUUUGGGAGAUGAGAUGUUUGAUAGGAAAAAGCGUUUGAAAUCAGAGAUCAUGGACAAAAUCAGAAUUCGCAGGACUGAUAUCAUUACUGACCUAGAAGAGCAGAUCUCAGAGCUGACGAUGAUAAUAGAGCAAAUGAACAGAGACCACCAGUCUGCCAAAACAACGCUCUCCAAUGAAAUGGAAAUCCGCUGUGCUGAGAUGAAGCAGGACUUCGAAAACAAGAGCAGGGAGCUCAAAGAGGCUCACGCAGCAGAGCUCAGUGAGUUGGAGAACAACUACAAAGCAGCCUUAAAGGAAGAGAAGUUGGCUUCCCAAGAAAAACUAGAGGAGAUGGGAAAGGAAUACAAGUAUUUGAAGAAUAUGUUUUUUAUGUAUCAGGACAGCCUUUAUGAUGAAAUGGAAGAUAAGUUGUCAAAGAAGAAGGCAGAAUGGGAGAAGGAUGAGAAGUCAGAGCGGGAAAGGAUCCUGCUACAGCAAAAAAAUACGAUGACAAAAAAGUUUGAGUUAGAGUCAGAAGAAAAAAAGAAAAAAUUAAGUGAAUCCUACAGUGUUCUCUUUGAGAACUUCACUCAAGAGAAGGAGGAGCUCUUGAAGCAACAUGAAAAGGACACCUUGCAAUUAAAGGAGCUAAAAAAGACCAACGAGAUCAUAGAGGAAGAGUUGCAUGCACAAGCUGUUAUCCUGGAAUCACUAAACACCACCCUCUACCAAACCCAGAUGGAACUCCAGAAGGAGAAAGCUGCGGUGGCAAAUCUGGAGAAAACACUCCAGACCAAGCUUGCUGAAAUGGAAGAGAAGUUUAAAUUCACCAUACAGCUCCUGAGAGAAGAAAACAUUCAUCUGAGGCAAAAGAUAAAUACCAAGAAUGGAGGAAUUUAUGAAGAACGAUCUGGAAAGUCAACCUGUAUUACUAUUUAUGAGGAUGAUACUGAGACUUUAGAGGAGGGUAGCAACAAAAGACAAGAAUUAUGAGCAGAAAAGUUGUUCUCCAUCAUCGGAGUUGAUAGGAACACCAUCUCUGUAAGCCUAGAGUACUCCUGUAGGUUUUCUUGAGAAAUGCAUAAGAUGGGUUUGGUUUGGGGGUUGCCUUGAUUCUACUUUCGUCUUUUCACAAUUUGCUUUCUUCUGAGUGGUUGGGAAUGUUUGAAUUCUCAUCUCAAUUACAUAGAUUUUUUUUUCAUGAUUUUCACUGAAAAGUGAUGUGCUCUGUAGCUAGAGCUGGGCUUUCUCUGGGUGUACUAUUUUCUCUUCCACCUUUACAUAUUUUAUUAUGAAGACACUGAUCUGAAAUUUUUCUUCCUAUAAAAUGUUAACUAUAUUUUGGACUGUACCUGGGGCAUUUAGCUAGCAAGAAAAAAUUUAUUGGUUUGAUUUCAAAAACCUUUCUUUUUCAUAUGUGUCCCCACUCUCUCACCUCUCAAUCACAUUCCCUAACCUGUGAUUUAGGAAGAGUUUCUGAUGAUUCUUGCCAGAUUCUCUAAACCAUUGAUAGAAUUCAAAUGCCACUGUGCAGACAACAUAAAUAAGAGAAAUGGGCUGCACAUAAAGAAAAACAAUCCAACCAAAACAAUAAUUGGUAAUUGGCAGCAGCUUCAAUAGAGGGGACUAGAGGGGGGAGGCAGUGAGAGAAACCAUUCCAUUGCUGCCAUACAGGAGCAUGGAUUAAUGGGAUCAAAUACUCUGAUUUUUCAAGAGAAGGUAUUCUAGUUUUUAUAUCACAUCUCCCAAUUUUUAAAUAUGAACAACACAUUUUUUUAAAUAUUGAUUUCAGAGAGGGAGGGAGAGGGAGAGAGAGAUAGAAAUAUCAAUGAUGAAAGAGAAUCAUUGAUUGGCUUCCUCCUGCAUGCCUGUUACUGGGGAUGGAGCCUGCAAAGGCGUGUGCCCUUAACCAGAAUCGAACCUUCAGUCUGCAGGCCGAUGCUCUAUCAACUGAGCCAAACCAGCUAGGGCUGAACAACACAUUUUUAAAAAAUAUAAUGGUGUGAGCCAACAUUGGAGGGUUCAAGUAAAAUGUAUCUGUGAUCCAAACAUUUUCCACCUGUGAGAUGCCAUUGGCAAAAAACAAAACACUCUCCUGCGAACAGUAAAGUUAUAUUUUGUUAGAAGUACUUUUGAAAAACUAAUUUUUUAAAAAAACCUAAUUAGCUUUUAAAAACAAGAUAAUUCAUGAGUAUUUCAAAUGAAAUUAUAAUUUUAAAAGCAUGAAUAGCACAGAAAUGCUAGCAAAAGAGCAAAUCAAGCAUGUACAGAAGAAUGCAUAUACUACAAGAGCAAUAAGAGGAAAGGCUGAAAAGGGAAUUUGGAAGUAGAUUGUAACAGAUUUGUAAAACCAUUUUGGGUUUUUAAAAGCUUUUAGUGCAAGAAAUAGUAUUUUCCAAUUUGUAUUUUAAAGAAACUUGUAGUGCAAGUUACUUGAGACACAACAGUACAAGACGGACACUCUGACCCUGUUUUAUUCCCCUGAAAGUCAGAAAUGUCCCAUGUGAAAGCCCCACCCCCACCCCACCCCCAACCCCAUAUGAGGAGGAUAGAAGGCAUCAAUAUUAUCAGAUAGGGAAUUCAGGGCCAAGAAGGCUGUGUAAACAAAACUUGUUAUUUCUUUACUAUUAAGACCAAACUUCUUUGUCUUAUAAAUUCUUCCCAAAUUUAUUGUUAUUGUGUCUAAAAGAUAUAAAAUCUGCCUGAUUUGAUAACUUUUUAAAAAAUAUAUUUUAUUGCUUUUUUACAGAGAGGAAGGGAGAAAGAGAGGGAUAGAAAGGUAGAAACAUCAAUUCAUGUGCCCGCAACCAAGGAAGGUACAUGCCCUUGAUGGGAAUCGAACCUGGGACCCUUCAGUCCACAAGCUGAUGCUCUAUCCACUGAGCCAAACCGGUCAGGGCAAUCUUUUUUUUUGAGUCUCAUAUUUCUGUGAACUCCGGCAUGUAUGAAAGUUAAUUUUAUUUUUCUAUUGUUAAUUUAUCUUAUGUCAUUUUAAUUAGUAUGAAUAAAAAGGAAAAGUUUUCCUUACAUAUAAUUGUAGUGUGGAGGAUGGCUUGGAAAGAGAGGGACUGAAAGUACAAAACAAAACUAUUCUUAACAAUUUGAAGCAGCAGUCGCCACCCUUUUGGGCCUCGUGGACCACCAGUGGUCCGAGGACCACCGGUUGUCAACCGCUGAUUUGAAGGGAAUUAAAUGAUUUGGGGUUGAAAGGAAAUCAGAGAUGAGUGAAGUACAUUCUGCCACUGUUUUUGAACCAUUGUAAUGUCGCAUUUCUUUUAAACUUACUAUCCUUUGUAUCUACUAUAGUUUUUAAAAGUUUUUUAUCAAAUUAAAAAUACAGUUAAAAUCAUGGCUAUGGCUAUAAAUAUCUAGCUAUCAUUGCAAAGCCAUAAAUUUUGGCU